GAUGUCAAGAAUUUCAAUUGUUUUAUUGAUUGCAAGUAAGUAAUUAUUGUUUUUCAGUUACGUCAUUUUAGUUGUUUUUAUUUUUAAGCCUAUUCCUAGUAAGGGAAACGGACACCAGUUUUUCUGCAGUAUUUAAUGAAAUUAAGCAGUUGGUCUGAAAGAACAAAAAAUCAAUUUUUGACCCUUGGACUAAAUUAUCAAAAAUUAUUCUAUGAAUAAUUAACGAGAUCAAAUGACCAGACUAAAUUAGUUCAAUUUUACGACAGUGUUGAAAUGAUGACGUCACCAUGGAGAUUCAAACAAACUGUAGACAAAUAAAACGAAAAUAGACAUUCAAAAUUUGGUUGCAAAAACAAGUAUGGAUCUGAAGAAAGGAGUCCAAUGUGCGCCCCCUGAGGCGCCCAAAAAACACUGGCAGGAGGAGGGUCAUUGUAAGCUUUUUAUUUGUAGCAAAGCUCUAUGAAUUUAAUAUCCUCUUUACUUUGUUUAUUUUAGUAUUUGCAGUGUUGCCUGUUGAUGCCAGUGACGCUCUUAAGGAUGGCUAUUGUAAUUUUACACAUAAAGCCAGCAUUGAAUCUGAUCUAAAGACUAUGCGAAAAAAGUUUAAAGACACAAGACAAGAUCUGAAGGACUUACUAGAUCUCAUAAACGAAAAAUCUGAAGGACGCAUUGCUCCAGACACCAACCUGUGCCUGAUCGACAUGAAUAACUUUCGUAUUGAAAAAAAGGAGCGGUAAGCGAGAAAAUUUUAAUUUCUCUUGAAAUAUUUAUAAAAUAUAUAUACAUAUAGAAAACUUGUAAUGUAUAAAUAAAACUUUGUAAAAUCUGUCUUGCAUUUGACAUCAACCUAAUGGGUUGUCAAAUUAUUGACCAUUGUGCCUGUUCUUCCUCCUUUUUUUAUUAAGCUGUUAGAAUAUUUCAGCUUCAGCGAAUGCAAAUUACAUGUCAAGCCAUAAAAUACACCCGCAUAUCGUCUAGGAAACCUGAAUUAAAUCAAUCACAAAGUUCGAAAAAAUCGCAAUAAUACAGAUACGAUUCUAAGACAGAACCGAGAUCACUUUAAGCACACAAGCUUUACAGUCUAAAAAAAUGCUUAAAAAUUAUGUGUUUGUAAUUUGUUUAGUUGACGGAUAUGCUUGGUACGUAUCAGAAAGUCUUAUCUAUAUGCAAACAUGUGUAUGGCGAUUUAAUUGGGAAAGAUAAGGAUGCCUUGGCGGAGAAAAUCCGAAUUGAUGAAGCUAUCGAUGACAUUGUAGCUGUUCCUGACACUCUUCGAAACGGAAUAGAAUCAAUUAUUAAACAACGAAAGGAUAUCAGCAAAGCUUGUGAUUUUUCACUCUCGUUACUGCAUGUCAGACGAACCAGUAUUUCUCAUUGUUCAUUUUCUCCGAAGAAAGGCGCCGAUCCUGCUUAUUUGGUACGAAAUAUACUCAUCAGCAUAAUCGAUUUAUACGAAAGGUUCUUGAUAGAGUUAACAGAACAAUCGAAAAAUCCAAACAUGAUAUGGCUGAGUUGUGAGAAUGUAUAACUCAAGGAGUUUUUACAAAAGAGAUUAUUUUUUAAACCUUA